GGCACACGGUAGUUUGUUCACUACUAUCAGGGGCAAGAAAAAAAUCAUUGAACGAUACUGGUUGGACCCGAUGUCCAAGCAAGGGAAAUCUGGCAAAAGCUAAUGUAUGCGUUUUGCUAAUUACCGCUGCAACACGAACAUCCUUCAGCCUGAACCGAACUAUUGCGAACUGAAUCAAGUUUGUAAGACCUGCACGCUACCUGUGCGAACAAUAAACACCUACUUUGUUUUAACAUAGUAGAAGCAUGCACAUGGAAUUUUUGUUUACAUGUUUAUGAUUCAAGGAGCAUUUCCAUUUUAACCCGAAAAGGGUGGAGGUGAAACCAAGAUUUUUUUUUUUUUUUUGGACAACAAAAAAGUUUUGAAAAUAUGGUUUCUGGGGACACAUCAUACAGAUUCUGAAGAGCGAUGGUGACUUUAAGGUUGCACUAGUGCUUGGAAGUAAAUGAGACCAAAGGUUUCAAAAUGUAUGCCACAAAGCGCCGCCGACGGACCGUCAAAACACAAAAGACACCAGCCAAAGAUCCACCGAAGAGCAACCCGAGUAAACGACACAGGGAGAGGCUGAAUUCAGAGCUGGACCAUCUCGCUAGUCUGCUGCCUUUUGAACAAUCCGUCAUCUCCAAAUUAGACAAACUUUCAAUUCUUCGCCUGGCCGUCAGCUAUCUGAGAACUAAAAGUUAUUUUGCGGCAGUGCUUCCAGAUCGGUACAACCUGGACAAUCACCAUUUGAUCGGAAGAUCCCAUCUUUUUCAUGAACCCGGUUUUUCCGAGGGAGACAGUAUCCUACAGGCGCUGUAUGGUUUUAUGGUUGUGAUCACGUGUGACGGGGAGGUCUUUUAUGCCUCGAGAACCGUGGAACAGUACCUCGGCUUCCACCAGUCUGACAUCAUCCACCAAAGCGUCAUGGAACUCAUUCAUUCAGAAGACAGAGAGGAAUUUAAACGCCAGUUAUCAUGGAACUCCACCCUACCUCAGGAUAAAGCCAAUCUGUCACUACACGAACUGAUGAUGCCUGAAAACUCCAGAUUUCUCCACCGCUCAUUCACAGUUAGGUUCAGGUGCUUGCUGGAUAAUACCUCAGGGUUCAUUACUUUAGAAAUUAGUGGCUGGAUACGGGUGCUACAUGGACAGAAUGUGCGGUCAGAGGAGCCCCAGUUAGCCCUGUUUGCAACGUGUUGUCCGUUUGGUCCACUUUCAUUAAUGGACAUUCCAUCACGGGAACUCACUUUCAAGUCAAAACACAAGAUGGACUUUUCUCCUAUGUCCAUGGACAAUAGGGGCAAGGCGACGUUUGGAUAUUCAGACAGGGAGCUGGCCACUAAAUCGGGAUAUGACCUUAUUCAUCCAGAUGACCUCAAUUAUUUUUCUUCUGCACACCAAGAAUUGAUUAAAACUGGAAGUUCUGGUUUGAUUGCCUACCGUUGGUGCACGAAAGAGUUCAGGUGGUUGUGGCUUCAGUCGAGCUGCAAAGUCAUCUACAAGAACAGCAAACCUGACUUCGUUAUUUGCACUCAUAGACAACUCACUGAUGACGAAGGAGCCGAUCUUUUCCACAAAAGAGGAAACGAAUUUAAAUUGCCCUACCCCUUACUAGACUUAGACAUUUGCUCAGGAUUCGAUUUUCCAAAUGACGAAGUUGUAUCAAAAAUGAAAAAUGUGAAAAACAAGAAACAGAAAAAUUGUGUCCGUGAAAACUAUAUACAAAGUCCUGGACGGAAGCGAAAAUGCCCCCGUGAGCCUGUGCUAAAUGGAUAUGCGGGAUACCCGCAAUAUAAUGGAUACGAGGGCGCAGAUUUCAAACCCGAUCUUUUAUACCCGUAUCCGUCUGCGAUCGAACCUGACAUUUAUCGAGGUUAUGCUAGUUUUCACGGGUCCGUAUAUCCUACAACGGACAGCUACCGUCUGGCAGACACUGAAAAACACGCCUACACUAAUGGAUAUUAUCUAGAUCCGCACAGACAAUACCAGCAUACUUUAGCUUAUCCGGGCAACAGCUAUUCAGAUCUGAUGGCUCAGCCAGCCAAGUUCGGUUACGACGUGUCAAAGUACGGAUUCAAUUCGUAUGACUUGGAUAUCGCUAAAAAGGUCCAUUAUGGUGAAGACGUCGGUCGCUAUGACAACGAUUAUCGAAAAUAUGCAUAUGACUAUGGCAACGAGAGACUUCCUACGAGACUAAAUGGGUCAAUAGAGCCGGUAGAUCUAAGGUCGUCUGCCAUGUAUAAUGGAGUUGAUGGGAUUGUAGGACAUAAUCCUUGUCUGUCGACGACCUCUACUUUGUUUAAAGAAACCAAGGUGAUAUGUUCUCCGUCUGAUAUUGGAACGAAUCAGGGAAUGAGUGCAACGAUGCCCCUUCAUCACAGUUCAGUGAUUAAAAACGCUGCUAGUCCGAGGUCACUGCAGUCCUCCAGAAACUCAGACCACAUGGGAAGCCCUCCUGUUAAUAUAUACAACAACAAUUCUACGCGGGUAAACGUCAUAAACAAUACGUCAUCGUGGCAUUGUACAAAGGCGAGUCAAAACAUUCACCCCAGUCCUAUAUCUACACCUAGAUCAGACCCAGGGGAAAGUCCGAAAUUGAACUGUGUGACUAAGAAUGACACUAACAUGCUAUCGGCUAGUAGUCCUGUAACCGGCGCUACCCCAGCUUCAGUCAUUCAUUCUGCAAUUUCCAAUCGAACACCACCUAGAAUAUACGACAAGCAGCCUAUGACGGGCGGAAUACCAGUUCCGGUUGUGAAGACGUCACCGUGGUACCAGUAUCCGACCUCUCACAGCGCGUAUGGCGAUCCCAAAGACUGGUCCAUCCAAACGGAUGACUUAUACUCUUGUCACCAAAAACGGGGAAUUAUUUCUGACAAUAUGUCUCAUCUUUCGAAGGUCAUCACAUGAUCGAUAGUUGUAUCUGCAGAAGCCUCCGUCAUCACAUGAUCGAUAGUUGUAUCUGCAGAAGCCUCCGUCAUCACAUGAUCGAUAGUUGUAUCUGCAGAAGCCUCCGUCAUCACGUGAUCGAUAGUUGUAUCUGCAGAAGCCUCCGUCAUCACGUGAUCGAUAGUUGUAUCUGCAGAAGCCUCCGUCAUCACAUGAUCGAUAGUUGUAUCUGCAGAAGCCUCCGUCAUCACAUGAUCGAUAGUUGUAUCUGCAGAAGCCUCCGUCAUCACAUGAUCGAUAGUUGUAUCUGCAGAAGCCUCCGUCAUCACAUGAUCGAUAGUUGUAUCUGCAGAAGCCUCCGUCAUCACAUGAUCGAUAGUUGUAUCUGCAGAAGCCUCCGUCAUCACAUGAUCGAUAGUUGUAUCUGCAGAAGCCUCCGUCAUCACGUGAUCGAUAGUUGUAUCUGCAGAAGCCUCCGUCAUCACGUGAUCGAUAGUUGUAUCUGCAGAAGCCUCCGUCAUCACGUGAUCGAUAGUUGUAUCUGCAGAAGCCUCCGUCAUCACGUGAUCGAUAGUUGUAUCUGCAGAAGCCUCCGUCAUCACAUGAUCGAUAGUUGUAUCUGCAGAAGCCUCCGAUCUUUGUUUAUAAACUUAUGUGUUCAUAUGAUGAUACAAAGGCUCGAUUUAUCAAAAAGAAACAUUUAGUUGAUACUGAUUUGUAGUUAUUUCAAUCAUUCUCAUCAGCCAGGCAUGUCUAGUGAUAUUAUAUCCUUCGUGGAUUUAUAAAUGCGUUGAAACGUGUUCGAGUCAUGCUUCAUUUUGAAUGGAGAUUUCCUUGAUAGCUGUUACGUUUUGGUACGGAAUCUUGUCAUCCUAUAACGAACUGCAUGCAUUGAACUCAUAGAUAUUUCUUUCAUUAUGACCAAGAACGUUCUUAAAAUACGUAAUAUUUUAUGUCUACAUAAGUGCUAUUCUUAGGUGCAAUUAGCGUUAUUAGUAACUGACUGAUACUAAAGUCAUUGUUUCGUAAUAACAAAAUUUUGAUAAAAUACACUGUACUGUAUGCCGGCAAAUUUCGCGGUAACAUUUUCAAAGACAGUUAAUGUGUUAUGUUCGCCCUGUGUCACUGCCACGUUAAAUAUAUGCAUCUAUUUGAUAUCAUAUAUGUUACAUAUUCGCAGAUUGACGAGAUGAGCGAAAAGGGUGUUUAUAACACGGGGGUGAAACUUAUCCAACACAUGGUAGCUGCACAUAUAAAUAUGUGCCGGUUUUUCUCUCCAUAUCAAGUUAGACUUUUUUUUUUAAUUCACCACAAAUUUCGGGGUUUUCUGAUUGGGGUACAGAAGAAAUUUUGCAGCUAACGAACAGAAACCGAGGAACCUGUAUCUCCAUUUUCAUUUUCUACAUUUUUAUAUAUAAGUGGAACACUUUCAGUGAUAGAAAAUAUACAGUAAAACCCGAAUAUAGCGAAUCCUUGACGACCUGUAAAAUUACUUUGUUAUCACUGUAAUUCGACAUAUUCGCAUAACGAAUUCUACAAGAGCAGUUUACAAAGUCCUAAUAUUCAUCUUCAUUUAUAUAAUAGAAUUGACCAUUACCUUUAAAAAAAAAAAAAAACUCACUAUUAAUGCAAAAUUUCACUUUUGACCGUAGAAAUAUUUCAUAAUGUUCAUAUGCAGUAUUUUGAACUUAGCGAAGUAAUUAUUAACAUCUUGUCGUCAAGUACACGUUACAGGACUAAAACAAAUGAUAACUUGUGUAUUACAAAUGACCAUGAUAUUUGAUUUUUAGAAAAUAAUAAACUGUUUUAAUUAAGCCGGUCGUAGACAUUUAUGCAGGAAAUUGGAGAAAGGCUAUUUCAAGUCGAAAGUCCGCCUCCAUUGGAAAGUAUCACGUGUAUUACAAACCUCGGUCUACCGUUAACGUCAUUUUUUAGUUUAAAAAAAUUGUUGUUUUAAUUUAUUGUACCAUAUUGUAUGUGUCCUAAAAAGAGAUGUUACAUCUAAUGAAUAUUUCGUACUUGUUAAAAUUUAUGAAAAUAUAUUGUUGUCAUUUAUGUUAAUUGCCAUAUAUAAUAUGUAACAUUACAACAUGACUAUGUAUCUAAAUAAAAUCUAAUAAAUCAUGAAAAAUAUGUUUUAACUUUUUUU